GACCCCGCACCUCCUCUCCGUACUCCGAGCUCAACCCCGCCCGAUUCCGCCGGCGAGAAUCUGUCGGGGAAUCGCUGAUCCAGGAUGGCCGCCAACUUCUGGGCGUCGUCGCACAGCAAGCAGCUGCUGGACCCGGAGGAGGUGGACGUGGUGCCGGCGGCGGACCGGGAGCGGGGCAUCACGCCGGUGGAGUUCCGCCUCGUCAAGAUCCACAUGUCCUUCCAUAUAUGGCGGUUAGCCCAGCAGGUGAAAGUUAGACAAAGAGUCAUAGCUACUGCAAUCACAUACUUCAGGCGUGUCUAUACAAGAAAGAGCAUGACGGAGUAUGAUCCUCGUCUGGUAGCACCAGCUUGUUUGUAUUUGGCAUCAAAGGUGGAGGAAAGCACAGUGCAAGCAAGGCUUCUCGUAUUUUACAUCAAGAAGAUGUGUGGUUCUGAUGACAAGUACAGAUUUGAAAUCAAAGAUAUCCUUGAAAUGGAAAUGAAGCUCCUGGAAGCACUUGACUAUUAUUUGGUUGUUUACCAUCCAUACCGUCCUCUUUUACAGUUAUUGCAGGAUGCUGGCAUAACAGAUCUGACACAAUUCGCCUGGGGCCUUGUCAAUGAUACUUACAAGAUGGAUCUUAUUCUCAUAUAUCCUCCAUAUAUGAUUGCAUUGGCCUGCAUAUACAUUGCAAGCGUUCUUAAAGAUAAGGACACGACUUCCUGGUUUGAAGAACUUCGUGCUGACAUGAACAUUGUUAAGAAUAUUUCUAUGGAAAUCUUGGACUUCUAUGACACCUACAAGAUUGAUCCUAACAGAGGCCUCCAGGAGGACAAGAUUGUUCCUGUGAUGAACAAGUUGCCAUCGAAGGCCUGAAGCCAAAUGUAGCGCCAAUUUCGGUCUGACCGC